AUGGGCGAAAAUGCCAUUGAAGAUCCUAAACAAGACCUAGAUGUCCAACGUGAGCCUCGUGAGCCCGUUCAAAAGACUAGAUGUUUUUUUGAUGUAUCGAUAGGUGGUUUGAAUUGUGGUAGAAUCGUCUUCGAAUUAUUUACGGAUGUUGUUCCGAAAACGUGUGAAAAUUUCAGAGCUCUGUGUACUGGGGAAAAAGGUGUUGGUGAAGAAACUCAGAAGCAACUUCAUUACAAGGGUGUAAUAUUCCAUCGGGUAGUAAAGGAUUUCAUAAUCCAGGCAGGGGAUUUUACUAAUGGAAAUGGUACUGGAGGAGAAAGCAUUUAUGGGGGAACUUUUGAAGAUGAAAAUUUCAGUCUCAAACAUGAGUACCCCUUACUUCUAUCAAUGGCCAAUAGAGGCAAAGAUACAAAUGGCUCUCAGUUCUUCAUUACAACACAACCGGCCCCUCAUCUGGACAAUGUUCAUGUGGUUUUUGGCAGAGUUGUCAGUGGAGUUGAUGUAGUAAGACAAAUUGAAGCCCUACCAGUUGAUGCCAAUAGCAGACCUUUACAGGAUGCUAAGAUUCUCAAAUGUGGGGAAUUAAUAAAACAAGCUAAAGUGAAGAAGGAUAAAAAGAAGAAUGGAGAGGAAGGACAAGAGAAUUCUGAGGAGGAGGACAGGAAGGUGAAGAAGAAACAUAAAAAGGAGAAGAAGAAGGAAAAAAGCAAGAAGCAUUCUAAACAUCAUGACAAGUCAGAGGAUGAGGAAGGGGAAGUUGUUGAACCACACCCUCUAGUUACCAUCAGCAAUAUUAAUCCAGAGGAUAUUCCAGAAGUCCCGAAGAAUAAGUUUUUAAUGAGGGGUGGUGAUGCAAGAGAGGGUGGCAGAGACCAGAAAAACUUCAAUAGAGAUUCUGAUAGAAAUAGGGAGUUUUAUGACAGAGGAAGGAGAGAGUGGGGCAUGGGAUAUAACAGAAGAGGAAGACCUAUGACAUCAAAAAGUGGUAGAAUCAUCAAGGGUCGCGGGAAAUUCAGAUUCCGAACACCGUCCAGAAGCCGAUCGAGAAGCGCCACGCCCAUCCAUUGGAGGAAGGAGGAGUCGAGAGUGAUCAAGCUGUCGGAGUUCGAGAAGCUGGAGGCGGAGCGCAAGCGCCAGGAGGAGAAGAAGGCCGGCAAGGCCAAGGAGAAGGAGAAGAUGGCGAGGAACAGGAGCGUGUCGGAGGAGAGGUCGCACACGCCUCUGAGCAGACACCCGAACGACAGGGGCGUCGAUUACAACGCUCUGGAUUACGAGGAUCACAGCGAGGAUGACAACGGUUACUCUGAGGGGGCCAAGAGGAGGAUACCCAGCUUGGUGCAGUACCCGCUACCAGGGGCGUACAACAAGUUCAAGACCGUGGAGGAGGUUAAGAAGGAGAUGAAAAUCGUGGAACAGGAGCAGAAGGAAGUGGAGGCUCUCAAUAAGAGAUCGGAUUUUUUGGCCAUGGCUUUAGGAGUCCAAAUAAAAACCGGCGACGAUCCACCGACAGGCGAAAUCAGCGGAUUCAACAACCACAACCAACCGAAUCGCAACAACAACAAAUUCCCUCCCAUCCCCAAAUUCCCCCACAAUCCCAAAUUCCCCCCCAACCCCAACGCCAAUAACGACCGAUUCAACAAGGUCCACAUGCGUCUCCUAAAGCUGGCCGGUCACGAGAACGUCCAGAUGCCCUUUCAGCUGGCCAGCAAAAUCGAGGAGAAACGCGGUCGCAACAAAUUCGAGAUAGAGAAACCCGCUCAGAACGAAGAGAGGGUGCAUAGGAAUGGUAGGUUUGAGGAGGUGAGAAGGAAGGGCGACAGAAUCAGGAACGAGGGUCAUCAUCGAGAGGCGGCGAAGGAAGCGGAGAGACCUGACAGAGAGAAGGAUAGGGGAAGAGAGAGAAGAAGAACGCCAAGACGCUCCAGGUCUAGAGAAAGAGGAGGCCACAGAAAUUCACCGCCUCAACCGGGAAGAUUGAGGAGCGAUGACAGAUCAAGAAGAAGGUCCAAAUCAAAGUCGAAGACAAGAGACGUUCCCAAGACCAGAGACAAUGAAAAGGUGAAAGAAAAAGACCCCCUGUUGAAGUUGGACAAAGAUGCCGAAGAGAAAUACAGAAAGCUAUUGAUACUGAGAAAAAAAAUGGAGCUACUGGAAUUGAAAAAGAAGGAGGAACAGAAGUUGAUUGAAGAAAAACAUAGAAAGGCAAAAGAAGAAAGUGAAAUGUUGGAACGGGCCAAGAAGGCCAAACGGGAGGCCAUCGAGAAGGAAAAAUUGUUGAAAACCUACAAGGUCCUUCAAGAGUUAGAUGGAAAGAAGGUGUCAAAAUCAAAGAGGAAGAUGAGUACCUCAAGUAGUAGUAGCAGCUCCGAUAGUGAACGGGAAAGAAAAAGGCGGAGGAAGCGUUCCAGGUCCGCAUCCAAAUCCAAACAUCACAGGAAAUCUCGCAGUAGUUCCAGAAGUCGGUCCAGAGAUAGAAAUCGUACAUCAAGAAGGCACCAUAGAUAAUUUCAAAGUUAUAGUUAGUGCACAUAUUAUUUUCAGGUUUGUUAAUCUGUGUAUGUAUAAACAAACUUAUGGAAAAAACAUUUUUCAAUUAAUUAUUGAAUGUAUCAUUGAA